UAUGCAGCCCUAACGUUGGUGAUGGGCAUUUCGUGGAGUGGGCCCCGUCACGAUGAGCUGCUUCGCUUUCACACUCCUUCUGGGCUCACUCUUCAUCCUCGGUCACAGUGCCUACCCUUCUGGUUCUUGUGAUGGAUACAUAAACGCAAAUCAAACAUGGCGGAAUUUUGAAUUUCAGUCGUCCUCCUUUCCCGGUUUCCCACUUAAUGACGCGGCUUUCGUUGAGAAGUGGAUACGUUUCACAGGGCUCGGUGGAGACAGAGUCAUUGCAACAUGCUAUGGAACCACCAGAGGUGGUAGCCAUUACAACGUCCAUGUUCCUUUUUCAUAUCCAGCAACUGAAUCUGACACUGCAACUACAGGGACGGCAUAUGCGGACGUUGGAGGUUGCACUAAUUAUGCUAUAACAAUGAGCAUUGUCCUCUGCCCUGGGGGAUUCUACAUUUACAAACCAUCAAGUCAUCCAACAAGCCAUCUGAUUUAUGCAACCUAUCACAGUAAUUGUACAGCAGACUCCUGCGGACCACUGGCUCAGUGUACAAGCGGUGGAGGCUGUGUUUGUAUUACUGGCUAUGAAAUCCCUGCCGACCACCUGCCCACUCUAGAGUCAUUUGGAUGUGUUGACAUUGACGAGUGUGUGAAGACCGCCGGUAUUUGUGGUUCUUCAUCCACCUGUGAGAACACCAUCGGAUCACACCUCUGUACCUGUCUAGAUGGAUUUACUGCAACAAAUGAGACUUUACCAGUUUCAACGUCCAACCCCUGCCAAGAUAUAGAUGAAUGCAGUGAAAAUGUCUGCGGUGAGGGGAGCUGCGUUAACAACAUAGGAAGUUUUGUGUGUACAUGCAAUGCAGGCUACGAACUUGACACCGAUGCAACUCCUCUUUGCCAAGAUAUCGAUGAGUGUUUCAACUCCACCGUCUGUGGCCCUGAGUCCAAGUGCACCAACAUACCUGGAGUUUAUACCUGUGCAUGUAAUCUGGGCUAUGAACCGACCGCACCGGACCAGGAGCCCAGUGAGGAAAACAUCUGUAUCGAUGUUGACGAGUGUGAAAAAUACGCCGCAGUCUGCGGUCCUCACGCCAACUGCACAAACUCCAUUGGAUCUUACUUCUGCGUCUGCUUUUCGGGUUUUCGUCUGAACAACCUGAAGGUGAUAGCCAGCCAUGCUAACCCAUGCACAGAUAUAGACGAGUGCAGUGAGACUCCUGGUAUAUGUGGUAAACAAACUAUAUGCACUAAUGUACCUGGGACCUUCUAUUGUUCUUGCCCCGAUGGAUUUUACCCUUCAACAGGGAUCUUUUGGGAAGUAGGGGUCUCAUUCUGUCAAAGUCUUCAGAAUAUUUUAGAUGAGAUCGAACCUGCAGAGGGUGAGACUAAAGAGAGAGCUUUUCUCGGCAACAUGGAUCAACAACUGAAAGACAAUGAAGGCAUUUUUUUACCAGGCCCGACUGUGGCAAACGGCUUCGCAGCAUCUAUGGAAGUCUCUGGUGUUGGACCACACGCCAAGUCAAGCAGGGUGAGCAGCGAAGGUGACGGGGAGACCGGCAGUGUGAUCCUGGGCAUCUCAGACCGUUUCGUUUCUAGCUUAGUGCAUUCGAGUCAGAACGAAACAAAGAGAUCAGUGAAGGGUUCAGCAGUGGACUUAAGUCUGGAGAUGAUCGGGCCUGGAGUACACAACGCAGAGAGCUCGGUUCUCACAGCCAAAGGAAACAGCAUGGAGAUCAACCUGGAUGGGCUGGCCGACAAUAACAACGGUUCUGCUGCAGCUGCUUUCCUGACAAUAACAGGCAUGGAAAGUCUUCUCAGUCAUACCUACUUUAAAACAGAAAACCAAACAGAGAUGUACUCUGACAUCAUCACCGCUGUCUUACCCUCGAUAAACAACACCAACCUCACCGAGCCUGUCAACUUCACCAUCCAGCACAAGACGGUACCCGAAAAUGGUUUUGUGACGUGUGUGUACUGGGAGGACAAAACAGAGGAGACAGGACAAAGAAAGAAUAGGAUGCUGCGUUGGUCUGUGGAGGGCUGCUGGGUUGCUUACACCACUGAAAAUGUCACCGUGUGCAGCUGCUCUCAUCUCUCCACAUUUGCCCUCAUCAUGCAGAUCGGCGAGCCUCCAGCAGAGAAUCCUUUCCUGGAUUGGCUGAACCGAAUGUGUGUGAUGGUAGGACUUGCCUUCUUCGGUUUGGCCAUCUUCACCUUCCUCUUGUGUAGCUGGAACCCAAAGAUCAACAACACAGCCCGUCUUCACCUCUGCCUCAACCUCGCCUUUUCCCACCUGCUGCUGCUGUGGAACGACAGAUAUACUGAACAUGAGCUGGCUUGCACUGUCAUGGCAGGUCUUCUGCACUUCUUAGUCGUUGCAAGUUUUGUGUGGAUGCUGCUGGAGGCUCUCCAGCUCCACCUGUUAGUCAGGAGACUCUCCAAGGUGCAGGUCAUUCAGAGGGAUGGCCUCCCCCGUGUGCUUCUCUACCUGAUUGGCUACGGAGUUCCAUUUGUGAUUGUGGGUGUUUCUGCACUGGUAUAUUCUGAUGGAUAUGGUGCCACGGAGGCCGGGGUGUGCUGGCUCUCCAGAAAUCGCAACUUCAACUGGGCUCUGACGGGACCUGUGAUUGUUAUCCUUGGACUGAACUGGAUGUUGUUCUGUGCCACUCUCUGGAGUCUUCGACCCACGCUGGCCAACAUGAGGAGUGAUGUUUCUCAAUCUAAAGACACCCGGUUGAUUGUGUUCAAGAUCCUGGCCCAGUUUGUCAUACUGGGCUGUACCUGGAUCCUGGGCCUGUACCAGACCAAUCUCUUCUUCCAGGUCCUCUUUAUCAUUCUGAACUCGCAGCAGGGAACCUUCCUGUUCAUCGUGCACUGUCUGCUCAAUAAGGAGGUCAGAGAGGAGUACAUGAAAUGGCUGACCUGCUCUUUCAAUAAGCAGCGACAUGGAGGAUCUGUGAAGGAUGUACCCUCAGUCUCCGAGGACUUGGACAAGUGCGAAUAGACGGACUGUCGGAGAUAACGUGUGCGGUACAAAGGAGAGCCUGGAGCCAGAGAAGAGAGAGGAGCAUGCCAGAGACACUUUUAACCAUUAUUUAUUACAAUUCUUUAUUCUCUUUGUUGUUGAGUGUGUUUGCUUCUGUUUAGUAAUCACGGCCACUGCGUAACCACACAAAUACAUAAUCAUACAAAGACGUAAAUGCUCAGCUUUCUCAUUGAUCUGCUAUAAACUACUUUUAGGUUUGUUCUAUAAGUUAGUCUGAUUUGAUCCGAUGAGUGCCUUUGCGUGACAUUUUGUAUGAUUUGUCGAGUCUACAUUAUUUCAUCUUCCUAAUAAAAGGUUUCUAACCUGGUUUAUUCAAAGUGAUUCUGUUUUUUUUCACUGAAGGUUUUUUAUUAUACUUUAACAAAUGUUACCAAAAGCAACGUAUCCUCACUUGGUUUGUAAAUAUCUAUUUUUUAUGACAUAUUUAAAGGACGAACAUGCUACUUUUUGAUCCAGUAGGUGUCUCCCUAG